UAUCUCUACUUCCUGGAUACGCGUUCACAAAAAAUACAGCCAGGCUGGAUUUGUCAUUAUUUUCUUUUUUACCGAGUUUCAAUUAACCUGCUUAUAUUUACACAAAGAGGAUUUCUUUUUACAAUGGUACAUGGUGGUUUAAUGGGUGGAAAAUACAGAUAAUGGCGUAAGGACGAGUUACUUUUAAAGAGCGCCACGUCAUUGUAAAAACACACACCCUGAUUUUAGUCCCCAGCUUUGCCUUCAAUGAGCCACUGUCUCCGUGUCUUCUGAGAUUCACUCACCCACGGAGGAGCGGUCAACAAGCGGGUCAACAUGACGGCGUCUAACUGGGGUCUCAUCAUGAACGUGGUGAACAGCAUCGUGGGAGUCAGUGUGCUCACCAUGCCCUUCUGCUUCAAACAGUGUGGGAUUGUUCUGGGAACCCUCCUGUUGUUCUUCUGUUCGUGGAUGACCCACAAGUCCUGCAUGUUUCUGGUAAACACAGCAAGCAACACCAAAAGACGGACCUACGCAGGACUUGCCUUCCAUGCUUACGGGAAACCAGGAAAAACUGUGGUGGAGCUGAGCAUGAUCGGUUUGAUGUUGGGCACCUGCAUUGCCUUCUACGUCGUGAUAGCUGACCUGGGCUCGAAUUUCUUCGCUCAGCUGUUGGGUUUACAGGUGACGGGCAGUUUCCGCGUCCUGCUGCUGUUCGCCGUGUCUCUGUUCAUUGUCCUCCCUCUGAGUCUGCAGAGGAACAUGAUGUCUUCCAUCCAGUCCUUCUCCGCCAUGGCGCUCAUGUUCUACACCUUCUUCAUGUUCACGAUAGUGUUGUCGUCUCUGCGCUACGGCAUAAUCUCAGGCUCCUGGGUGGAGCGGGUUCACCUGUGGCGCUUGAACGGCGUCAUUCAGUGCCUGCCCAUUAUCGCCACAACCUUCUGCUGUCACCCGCAGGUGCUGCCAACCUACGACAGCCUGGACGAGCCCUCCGUCAAACGCAUGAGCACCAUCGUCACCUCGUCCCUCAACGUAGUCACCAUCUUCUACAUCACUGUGGGUUUCUUCGGAUACGUUAGUUUCACCGACGAAAUCGCUGGCAACGUGCUGAUGAACUUCCCGUCCAACCUGGUGACGGAGAUGAUCCGCGUCGGCUUCAUGAUGUCUGUGGCCGUCGGAUUCCCCAUGAUGAUCCUGCCCUGCCGCCAGGCCAUCAACACCAUGCUGUUUGAGCAGCAGCAGAAGGACGGGACGUUUGCCGGCGGAUACAUGCCUCCUCUGCGCUUCAAGGUGAUCACCCUCUGCAUCGUGUUCGGCACCAUGCUGGGAGGCAUCCUCAUCCCCAACGUGGAAACCAUCCUGGGUCUGACUGGAGCCACUAUGGGCAGCCUCAUCUGCUUCAUAUGCCCCGCUCUCAUCUACAGAAAGAUCCAGAAGAAUGGCUUCAUCUCUCAGCUGGUGCUCUGUGUGGGCCUGGGCAUCCUGCUGGUCAGCACCUUCACCACCCUCUCAAUAUCGGCCAGAGGCCCGGCCACCAAGGUCUCCCCCCCCCCUCCAGCACCUGGGAAGAUCAUCCUGCAUCUACCGGACAUUCCUGAAACUCACGAAAAUCAUUCAAUCAAGAAGCCAGUGGAGAUGGCAAAACCUGACCUUCCACCUGUAGAGGCGGCCCGACCCGUCGAGAGGGACCCCCCCGAGGCUCCGCAGAUUAAAGGACCGGUGGAGCUACCAGAGAAGGAGGAGGAGGAGGUGCAGUUGGACCGCCCUGACGCCGGUGUUGCGGUGCCAGAAGGCGAGGCCCACCGCCAUGAGCCCCCCAUCCCACAUGACGCCGUGCCAGUGGACACAAGGAAGAACAACGCAGAGCUGGAGGAGGACCAGAAAGCACCGGAAGAACCAAAAGAAAAUGAAAAGCAAGUUUUAGGGCACUCUGAGGAGCUGGAGGGCAAGAAAGGCGACAACAAUGGAGACAAAGUGAAGCCUGUAAAGGAUAUCGUGGGCAAAGAGGAAGUGGAUCUGGGCGGAGGGGAAGUCCGGUCCAAUGAGGUGUUGGAGAAGCCGGUUGCAGAGGAAGACAAAAAGCAAGACGUUCCCCCGCUGAAGGAAAGUGAGAAGCUCGACCCGGUGAAAGAUCCUCUCCAAGGGAACGCAGCCGAGUUGGGGGAUAAAGCUGGAAAAGCUCCGGACGCUGCUGGAAAACCUCCACUUGCUGAAGGAGAGCAUCAUGCUGCAGACAGGGCUCCAGGGGCCGAGAGCAAAGACACAGCGGACGAGAAGAUGGACGUGAUCAAAAAGCUGGUUGCAGAGGGCCAGCUGGACCACGCCGUGCUGCUGCAGGUGAUCAAGGAGCAGCAGGAGCAGCAGAAGAGACUCCUGGACCAGCAGGAAAAACUCCUGCAUGUCAUCGAGGAGCAACACAAGGAGAUCCACCAGAGACUGCCUGGUGCUGAAGGUGAGGCGGAGAAAAGCGUCCAGGAGGGGGCGGAAGGUGAAGCAGCAAAGCCCAUAGAGUCCAACCUGGAACCGGACGUGAAGCCGGACAAGGAGGCGGCCGGAGCUGCAGAGCCUCCCGUCCAGAAACAAGAGCAGGCUGCUGAGGAGGAGGUUCCUCAAGCAGCUGCUCAGGCGGCUUACAAAGAGGACGGCCAUGGAAAAGAACCCCAUACGCAGAAGGAGCUGGGGGCCAGGGGGGUGCCGCUGGGAGAGAAACAACCCAUUGAGCGUCAGCCUGUACCUCACAAUGAGAAGGCAGCUCAAGUUGUAGAAGAAGAAAGAAGCCUAGAUAAAGAAAAUGAAAAAAUAGCAAAAGAAGUCCAGGCAAUAAUUGAGCUUGAGAAAGACUUAAAGGAAAAGAUGGCCGAAGAGAAGUUAGAGAAGGAGAGGGUGGAGAAAGAAGUGCAGGAGAGGGUGGAGAAAGAACGGCUGGAGAGGGAGAGGAGGGAGAAGCUGGCCAGAGAGCAGGAGCUGGAGAGGGUGGAGAAAGAAGUGCAGGAGAGGGUGGAGAAAGAACGGCUGGAGAGGGAGAGGAGGGAGAAGCUGGCCAGAGAGCAGGAGCUGGAGAGGGUGGAGAAAGAAGUGCAGGAGAGGGUGGAGAAAGAACGGCUGGAGAGGGAGAGGAGGGAGAAGCUAGCCAGAGAGCAGGAGAGGGAGAGGGAGAGGGAGAGGGAGAGGGAGAGGGCGGCGAAGGAGAAACUAGACACGGAGAAGGCUGCAGCAGAGAGACUAAAGCGGGAGAUGCACAACAAUGAAAUAGUGGAGGGAGUGAAGAUGGAGAAGGCUGAGGAGAGGAAAGCCCAGAUGGAAGACAGAAAGGCAGCGCAGGGAGAAGCUUUGAAGAAAGGAGGACGAGACCUCAAAGAGAAAGCUCAGGAGGAGGAGGAGGGGGCCGUCAAAGCUCCGGGCUCCCAGGAGAAGGUCAGGGGCCAGGGAGAGAUAGAUCUGAGGAGGAGGCGCCGAGCACUGGGAACCAGAGGAGCUGGAGGGUCCAGGGGGGUGCCGGGCCUGGAGCCCCUGCUGGAGCUGGGGGGCUCCGACCUGCACGUGGCCCUGGAGGAGCAGCUGCUGGCCGGGGCCAUGGUGCACUCGCGGCAGAUUAAGCAGGUCCCCGAGGACGAAAGAGCUAAAUGAAACACAUUCUCACUCCAGCACAAACUUCUCUCUGUGGACCACGAGACCGGUGCCUCACAUCCUUUCCUGCUUCAAGAAGAUAUGGACAAAGAGGGAAAACUUCUAUUCCUUCAUACUGUGUACUCUGGAGAAGCACAACGUUUAUUAAAGAGCAAAGUACAUGUAAAUAUUAACUUAUCUUUGUCUUUAGGGAGGAGGGUUAUGAAGAGGUUGCUGUUGAAAUGUAUGUAAAUCUAUGCAAAGACCCUUCUGUAAAGUGUUCAGAAAGCCUGGAUGUAUUAUUGUUUGUCUUUAGGCGUUGUCUCCUGGGCUGCUUUUAUGUUUAGUUUGUGUUUAUCUGUUACUCCAAGAUGUACAUAAUGUAAUAUUUCAACUUUCAAAUGGAAGUUGGUGAAUUCAGCCUCAGAGCUAUGAGGUUUAUAAACUGUGGACGAUGGAGGAGCUCGAUCCCGAGUUACAAAUCAUCCCACCUUCGAUACCUGUUCCUUUUUGGUUUACGAGUGCCUUCUAAUCCACAUGCUGCCGUUUGUUCCCUCAACGUGUGCUUUAACUCCUACUGCAAAGAGAACAGUAAUCAUGAGGAAAUGAUAUUAUAUUAAGGACAAUGAAAGAAAAUGGAUCCCCAGAAAUUCCUCCAUCGGGCGGCACAUGUUGGACCUUUGCUUUGUACAAGAAACUAUGUUCUAUUUUUCUAUGUGCAUUGUAUUUCUGUACAUUUUGCUGAAAAUAUUAAAUAAAAACAUCUAUAUUACA